GAGAGAGGAGAGACAACAAGAGUGGCGAAUGCAAAAUCGAGAAAGUGUUGUCGUCAUUCGUGUGUCAGCAGCAGAAGAGAAAAGUCGCAAAAUAGCAAAAGCGCAACAAAUCUGAACAAACAUCGAAUUUAACUAGACAAAUCAGGGUAGUGUUUUCCAUAGAAGUACAUUGCAGUUAUGAUGGAAUAUAAGCCUGUCCCCACCGUAGUGCCACGCACCAAUUUCGAUGCCGCCGCCGAUAGCCAGGAGCUGCGCGCUGCUAUGCGUGGGCUGGGCACAGAUGAGCAGCAGAUCAUUGAUGUGCUCAGCACGCGCAACAAUGCCCAACGUCAGCAGAUUGCCGCUGCCUAUGCCGCGGAGUUCGAACGCGAUUUGAUUGAGGAUCUGAAGGGUGAGCUGGGUGGCAAGUUUGAGGAUGUUAUAGUGGCAUUGAUGGCACCACCCAUUGAGUAUUUGUGCACUCAGCUGCGCGCGGCCAUGGCAGGCAUGGGCACCCAGGAGGGCACGCUGGUGGAAAUACUCUGUACCAAGAACAGCGAGGAAAUGCAGCAAAUUGUGCAGGCCUAUGAGGAGCAAUACCAGCGCCCGCUGGCCGAGCAAAUGUGCAGCGAGACCUCGGGCUAUUUCAGGCGUCUGCUUACAUUGAUUGUCACCGGCGUGCGUGAUGACCUGGACACGCCUAUCGAUGAGCAGCUGGCCCGGGAGCAGGCAGCGCAGCUUUAUGCUGCAGGCGAGGCGAAGCUCGGCACCGACGAGGAGGUCUUCAAUCGCAUUAUGGCGCAUGCUAGCUUUCCCCAGCUACGACUCGUCUUCGAGGCGUACAAGGAGCUGUCGGGCCAGACCAUGGAGCAGGCCAUUAAGCAUGAAAUGGACGAUGAGCUGCAUGAGGCCAUGAUGGCCAUUGUUGAGUGCGUCCAAUCGCCGGCAGCUUUCUUUGCCAAUCGCUUGUACAAGGCUAUGAAUGGAGCCGGCACGGACGAUGCAACUCUCAUACGCAUCAUUGUUUGCCGCUCGGAGAUCGACUUGGAGUCCAUAAAGCGGGAGUUCGAGCGCAUUUACAAUCGUACGCUGCACAGCGCUAUCGCGGACGUAAGUAUGAGCUUACGCGAAUGGCUGUCGGAGACCUCUGGCGACUAUAAGCGCGCCUUGACGGCCUUGCUGGGCGGCGCUUAAGAGGCUUGCACAUAUAAAAUCAGUAUAAAUUUAAAUGUUUAAACGCUUUUAUUGUAGGUAUUGGUAGUGCUUUUAGAGAUUCCGAAUUCGCACAGUUUGUAACCAAAAAUAAAUAAUACUAUCCUGAACGUAA